CUGUACCGCAAAGACCUCUGGGCCACUAGCUUCAUUGACGCGUUGAAUUCUGGGCAGUCAUUGGUCCUCCGCGCUUACAGUCUUCUGCUCUUCCAUCGGAAAAAUGGCUGCUUCGGCAGCAGCGGCGGCUCCUUCCCCCGGGUUGUGCCCAAGCUUCGCCGUGAUCUGCUCCUUUUUAGAGCGAUAUGGAGCCCUACUGGAUUUACCCGAACUUACAUUUCCACAGUUGGAAAGAUAUCUGCAGGAUAACUCAUCAGUUCCUAAGCUGUUGGUUGACCUCCACGUGAAGUUGCUAAGGAAAAUUGGCAAGUCCGUCUCGGCAGAUAGAUGGGAGAAGUAUCUUGUAAAGGUAUGCCAGGAGUUCAAUACUACCUGGGCAUGGGAACUCGAGAAGAAGGGUUACAAAGAGAUGACAGUGGAGUGUAAGACGGGGAUUCUUAAAUACCUUUGCGAAUGUCAGUUCGAUGACAAUGUCAAGUUCAAAACUGCAGUCAAUGAGGAGGAUCCUGAGAAGAUGCGGCUACAGCCCAUUGGGAAAGACAAAGAUGGCUUGAUGUAUUGGUUUCAGUUAGACCAGGACCAUAAUGUGCGCGUCUAUGUAGAAGAACAGGAUGACCUGGAUGGGUCAUCAUGGAAAUGCAUUGUUAGAAACCGGAAUGAUCUUGCUGAGAUGCUAGCUCUGCUAAAGACGCAUAUUGACCCCGCGCUUCUGGUCAAGAAGGAGGGAGAGGAAGAGGCCACAGGCACUAGUGCAAACCCAGAAGACCAAGAAAAGAAGGGUGAAGACAACGGAGACGUGAAAAAAGAGGAAGACGUAGGAAAUGAUGCAGACAAGCCAUCCGAGGAAAACAAGUCACCAGCAUCUUCCAAGUCAGAGAGCCAAAAAGACAGCACAGGAAAUGAGAACAUGAAGCAGGAAGUCCCUGCUGAGGACGCAGCACUCAAAGACAGUCAUAAAGGGGCAGACGUGGCAUCAGAGAAACCCGUCGGAGAGCCAGAGGAACACACCGUGAAGACAACAAUCAAAGAAGAGCCCAUGGAGGUAUCUAAACCAACCAAAGCUGGCUCUGAGGUGACGGCUAGUAAACUGACCGGUCCGCCGGUGACCGAGCCUACAGAAGAGGCCAGGAGAAAAACGGCAGAGGAGGUCCAGCGAGCGAUCAAGAACGACCAGCAGGCCAAAAUCCCCCUGAAGAAGAGGGAGAUGAAGCUGAGUGAGGACUUCGAUAGCAAUGCUGGCAGUGGUGGCUCGAGCGUUAUCGUGGCAAAUACGUCCCUCGUCACCGCCAAAGAGCCAGUCAAGGAGUUGAACGGAGAUCAGGUCAACGGGGACAUGCAGCCCGUGAAGGCAAACGAAUCUGGUACAAAAUUUGGAAUCGCAUCAACGGCAGCGGCAACAACAACGACAGAAGUGGAGAGGCGGAAAGAAGCACAGGAAGAAAAGAUGGAGGCCUCACAAACCUCUGGGAAGAAGGAGGAAUCAAACAAGCAGCAGUUAGAAAAGGCAGAGAAAACAGAAAUCUUGGCUGAAAAAGAAAAAGUGUCAACUCUUCCCUCAGAGGAAAAGAUGGAUGUGGAUAAGCCUGAGGCCUCUAGUUGCAUUAAAAGCACAGGUACGCCUGAUGACAAGCAGGAGAAGUUACACAAGCUACCACAGGAAGUGACAUCCUCUAUCAGAAAGGACAACGAACCUCCUUUCACUACCAUCAGAAAAGCUCCUUCGUCAGAGGAGAAAUCGACGUCAUCAAUAUCAGACGCAAAAUCGUCUGAAAUGUUAGAUAAUCAUGGGGUCACACCAAAAGGAACCACCAUUCCAAAUUCUUCCAAAGACAAACCAGACUGUUCAAAAGAGUCAAGCACCACGUCAGCUCAGAACGAUUCAAAAAAGCUGGAUGGACAAAAAGGUACGGAAAAGCAACCACCUGACCAGACAGACAAACCUGCCCCUCCCAAAAGUACAGAGCAGGUGACUUUGUCUCCUCCUAAUGAGGAAGAGAAAUCUCGCGACCCAAAAGAAGAAGAUAGCAGCAAGACAAAAAAAUCGUCUGUCUCUAAAACUGUGGGUGAACCACAAGUCUCUGUUGAGAAAGACACAAAGAAAGUGGGAGACAACAACAAGCAAACAUCUCCAGAAGAUGUAGGCAAAUCUCUGACAGAAGACCUCAGUGUUUCCAAGAAGACCAGUGGCCUUUCUGUUAUAAGAGAAACUAAGUCGCCAAUCCUGAUUAAAAAGAGCGAAGAUGCAACCACUAAAGAAAGCGAAAAAACUUCCACUAAAGAACAUGACAAACCAUCUACUAAGGAAAGUGACAAGCCCUCCACUAAAGAAAGUAACAAACCAUCUGUUAUAAAGGAGCAGUUCACCUCUGAAACGACCACUAGAGUAGCCUCCGUCAUAAAGAUGGAUACAUCAAGAUCAUCUGAUGAGAAAGAUAAACAGACAGUUAUCAGUGAAACAGACAAGAAAUCCCCUGGCCAAGAAUCCACAAAAUCAACUCCAUCUGUAGAUAAAGAGAAAUCCCCAACCUCAAAGGAAGUGGUAAAAAGUUUUCCAGCUAAAGAAUUUGAACAUCAGCCUUCCACUGAAAAGACAGAGGCAUUGAAAUUAAAAGAGAAAGGCAGCAUAGAAAUGGAAGUUAGCUGCAGGGAGUCAGGAACUAAAGGCACCUCAAAAGAAAUUGAAAAGGAAAAGGGCCACACACCUUUAGCUUCUGUUGCUAACCCGAAGGAUGCAGACAAACUGGAUAGUGGUAAGGAUAAGACUUCUACUUCUGCCCCCGAAGUGACCCCAAAGGAGACUGGCAAAGCAGAGAAAGAGGCAAAGAAAUUGCCUGAAAAGAGUGGUCCUUCUGCCCAGAGCAUGGAAGAGCCCAUGGAGGUUCAGACAUCUGUUUCUGGGCCUGUAAAAACCUCAUCUGUCAGUGAGGUGGGAAAAGCAGGAGAAAAAAAAGAUGCUGAAAAGAUGGACACGAUUGAAAAGGUAAAAGACAAGAACAAUGAGACCAAAAGGGUAGAAAAGAAGGAUGAUGCUGAAAAAGUUGAAGAGAAAAAGGAUGUGUUCAAAAAGACAGAACAGCUAAAGGAUCCAUCCAAACAGACAGAACAGCUAAAGGAUCCACCCAAACAGACAGAACAGAAAAAGGAUGAAUCCAAACAGGCAGAACAGAAAAAGGAUGAAUCCAACAAAACAGAUCAGAAAAUGGAUCGAUCCAAAACAGAGGAAGAGAGGAAGGAUGAAUCCAAAAAACCAGAUCAGAAAAACGAUGAAUCCAAACAGGCAGAACAGAAAAAGGAUCCAUCCAAACAGGCAGAACAGAAAAAGGAUGAAUCCAAAAAAACAGAUCAGAAAAAGGAUGAAUCCAAAAAAACAGAUCAGAAAAAGGAUGAAUCCAAACAGGCAGAACAGAAAAAGGAUGAAUCCAAACAGGCAGAUCAGAAAAAGGAUGAAUCCAAAAAACCAGAUCAGAAAAAGGAUGAAUCCAAACAGGCAGAACAGAAAAAGGAUGAAUCCAAAAAAACAGAUCAGAAAAAGGAUGAAUCCAAACAGGCAGAACAGAAAAAGGAUGAAUCCAAAAAAACAGAUCAGAAAAAGGAUGAAUCCAAACAGGCAGAACAGAAAAAGGAUGAAUCCAAAAAAACAGAUCAGAAAAAGGAUGAAUCCAAACAGGCAGAACAGAAAAAGGAUGAAUCCAAACAGACAGAACAGAAAAAGGAUGAAUCCAAAAAAACUGAUCAGAAUAAGGAUGAAUCCAAAACAACAGAUCAGAAAAUGGAUCGAUCCAAAACAGAGGAAGAGAGGAAGGAUGAAUCCAAAAAGGCAGAAGUGAAGAAUGAUGAAUCCACAAAGACAGAAGAGAAAAAGGAUGCAUCCAAAAAAGCUGAAGAAAAGAAGGAUGCAUCCAAAAAAGCAGUAGAGAAGAAGGAUGAGUCCAAAAAGGAUGAGUCCAGAAAGGCAGUAGAGAAGAAGGAUGAGUCCAAACACAUGGAAGAAAAGGACUGCCAUGCCGAAACAACCCCCAUGGACUGUGAUGAGCCAGCCAAAAAGGACGCAGAAAAAAAGAAAUCUACAUCAGAGUCAGAACAUGACCCCAAACAAGAUGGUGAAAAACAUGAGCCCUCGAAGGCGAAGAAAGAUCAUAGUGGCUCCGAGAAGAGCAAGGAGAAGGAUGAAGAAAAGACGGACGAGCCUGAUAAAUCGGCAGCCCAAACGGGAGAUGGGGAGUGUGGUGAAAACGAAGGGUUGCACCUGAAGAUCCGCAUGGCGGCUCACCGCAGGAAAGCAGAGGUCCAGAGGGAGGAGCGGCGGGCCGACUCCGAGUCGGAGGCCGUAGAUGGGAGGGGGCUCAGGAGAUCUCCCCGGAUCUGUCGCCCCACUGCCAAGGUGGCCGAGAUCCAGGACAGGAAACAAGAGAAGAAACAGAUCACGCCGCUGGCCAACAAAGAGGCUGAAAAGCCAGAGAAUGAGGAGCAGGAGGAGGAAGAAGAGGAGGAGUGUCCUGUUCCGGUGAAAAAACCCAAGGAGAAGAAAGUGGACACUGAUGGACAUCCAAAGUCAAAGGGUAAACGGCGGAGGCGAACACGCUGGUCAAACACUCGAACACGACGGAAAAAGAAAGGUUCGGAGGAUGACGACGAUGAUGAUGAUGACGAAGAUGGGUCGAGCGUUGAAGAGGAAUCUGAGGAAGACGACAGUGAUGAGGACUACAAAGUGGAGAAGCGACCCCGAAGGACGAGGAACCGCAGAGAGAGGAACACCGACGACUCCGACACGUCUUCCGAUGAUGACCUCCCGCCAAACGAUGAUCCAUGUAAACACUGUGGCCUGCCAAACCAUCCUGAACUGAUUCUGCUGUGCGACUCGUGUGAUAGUGGGUACCACACGGCCUGUCUCAGACCACCCCUAAUGAUCAUCCCUGAUGGAGAAUGGUUCUGCCCCCCAUGCCAGCAUAAGCUCCUGUGUGAAAAACUGGAAGAGCAAUUAACAAAUCUCGAUGCUGUGUUAAAGAAAAGAGAGCGCGCUGAGCGAAGAAAAGAGCGUCUAGUCUAUGUUGGCAUCAGUGUGGAGAACAUCAUCACUCCAUCGGUGGAAGUGGAGGAGCAGAAGGAACCGGAAGUGGAAAAGAAGGAAAAGAAAGAAGUUAAAAAGAGCAAAAGCUGGGGUCGGAGGUCAACAAGGGCAAAGAAAUUCAUAAGCUACAGGUUUGACGAGUUUGAUGAAGCCAUUGAGGAGGCAAUUGAAGAGGAUCUCAAGGAAGCAGAAGGUGGAGGAGCUGGUCGGGGGAAGGACAUGGCCAACAUUACAGGCCUCCGAGGAAAGGACAUGUCCACCAUUUUGAGUGAAGAUGGAAAGGAGAAUGGAAAGCCACAGCGUCCAAACGUCGGACAGCGGAGGAAGAAGCGGCGACGUCUCAACGACCUGGACAGCGACAGUACGGUGGACGAGGAGGAGAGCGAGGAUGAGUUCCGCAUCAGCGACAGCUCUGAAGAGGAGGAGUUUGUGGUGUCCGAGAACGAUGCGGAUAGUGAUGCUGAAGUCAAGUCCGGUGACGACAGCGACUUCGGGAGCACGGGCAACGGCCCACGGUUCCGGGGCUCAGCGUGGUCCAGGAAGCCUGUUAAGCGCCGGUGGAAUACACGGCAGCCACGCCGACGCCGGCGGCCCAAAGGCUACUCCGACGACGAAGAACUGGAGGAGACUGAAGAGGAAGAAGAUGACGAGAUCGUAACAGAGGGCUCAAGUGAGUUCAGCGAGAGCGAUCUGGACAUGCGGAGGCGGCGCUCCCGCCGGAGUCUGAAAAAGGCAGUGAACUACUGUGAAACGUCCGAAUCGGACGGCUCCCAGACUGCCAAGAACAGGGACAAAAUGAAGCCCCGCAAGAGCCUCUCCAGCUCUGAGAGUCAAGCAAGCUUCAGUUCCCGAGACUCCGAUGAGGGGGAGCGGAAGAAAAAGAGGAGGAGAGAUUCCUCAGAGGAGGACUCGAAGAAACGGCGGAGGCACCUCUCCCUCAAGCGAAGGAAAGAGUCCGAGGACAGCGACGACGACUCGGACGACUCUGAGGAGGAAGACCGCCCGAUCCGCAAACGGGUGAAUCGCAUCGACUCUGACGACUCCGAUGAGGAGGAAGAGGAGGAGAAGAAGAGUGCGCCGGCAGAGAAGGAGUCGGAGGAGUCCAAGAGGCCACCGCGUCUCGGCCUGGACGAGGAGGACGAGGAGGCGGCAGCUCUGGUAAAGGGGACCAGCCCGCUGGACUACCUCGUGGUCGACCUUCCCCCGACCAACGGACAGAGCCCGAUGAAGGGGCCAGAGGGCUUGAUCUCCCGGCCACCGGGAGGCGCUGUAGUCGGGGCUGCCGCGGGCCUUUUGGCCCACAUCGGCCCCAAGAACCCAGCCGCGGCCACGGCCGUCGCCAUGACAACCAAUGGCCUGGUUCCACAGGAGAUGCCCCCGCCCGACGAGGACGAGGAUGACCUGCUGGGCGUCACAGACCUUGUUGACUAUGUCUGCAACAGCGAACAGUUGUAAAAGAAUUUGAACUUUUGUCCUUUUCACCCUCCCCCUCCCCAAAUCCUUGGCACUGUCCAUUCCCUGUACUUUUGACCCUGUGCAUCUCUUCACUUUCUAUGCCCCCACCUCACCCCAAACAACCACCCCGCCCACCCAAACCCCUCUCCCUCUUCAUGCUUUACACAUUCAGUGUCUGUACCUAAUGCCAGCAAUGCAACCUCAGCCCCACCAAUAUCGUACCAAGUACUGCACAGAAUGAGACUGUUCUGGGUCGGCUUCCCUCAACUCGUCUUGUGACUUUGGUCAGCAGCAGUGCCACCAUUGGGAGUCCCGUUUGUCAGACGUGUAGGCUGUAUGUCCUGGUUGAGAGGGCAGAGCCUCAAAAGGCUGUAAAUAUUCCACUUCACAAAAUCCGAGAUGUUUUUUGUGAAAGAAAAAAGAAAAAAAAACUUGCAUCUCGCAGUUGGAAAAGCAGUUUUAUAACGUCACCUUCCCAUCCUUUGUCCAGUAUGAAGUAUCCUUCUUAACCAUGUGACAUUAUAUUUUUUCCAUCGUGUAACCGACAUCCUAGAGAUACCCGUUAUAUACUGUAGAACACAUCAUGUUUUUAUUCUUUGAUUGUGUGUUGGUCUUGGUAGGAAAUAGUUUAGUAUUAUUUUCCAUCACUUAAAAUUUUUACAUUUUGUAUUAAAUCGUAAAAUCUUACUUAUGUGUACAUUUCAGGAGAUGGAUUGCAGCAGCGUUCCAUAUUGGACUGUCUCAUAUUGGUUCAUUAUCUUCCACGUAUUAUUGCUCUUGUCAAAAAGUGGACACCACAGUAAAAAAAGUUUGCCCUUUAGAUAAAAUGUUUGUUUAUGGCAUAUUGAAAUAUGUUAUUUGGUUGUCUGUUAUUAUUGCCUGAAAGGCAAUGCAAAUGUUCAUGAGAUCCACAACAGCUGUCCUCAAAUGCGAUCAAAAAAGGUAUGGUGAACUUGGUCUUAAACAAAACCAUUGUGUAUUUAUAUUAAGUGUUUUUAAAAUGACAGCUAAGCAGAACCAGGAUGCUUAGUAUUUUUAAAUUGCAUUGUAUAUUUUGUAGCAUUCAUUGAGUCCGUUUCAUAUUACAUAAUUGUUUUGUUUAGUUUUUUUUUAGUUUUCAUUACAGCUUGUUACUGUAUCCCCAAAUUGUAUUUGGACUGUUUUUAUCCCCUUAGCAAAAUAUGCUUACCCAUAUAAGUCAAACACUAUUAAUCCUGGCAGCUGUUUAGUGCAUUAAAUGCCAAAUAAAAAUGUCUUUCUUGAAGACCACACUCAACCACAGACACAUGCUAGACUUUGAAUGAAGAAAAGGUGUAUUUGUUUGGCCGAAAAGGUAUCUCAUUAGGUGUGUGUUAAUGAGCAUAUGUGUUUUGGCUACUUGCACGAGAAGCUCAAAGAUGGUCCAUUUCUGGAAGUUUUGUUUUGUUUUCUAGGAAUUUUGAUUGCACCACCAACACUAUCAGUGGAUUCCAUGCACUUCAUCUCAUUUCAUUUUAAUACAUAUAUUUAAUAAAAGGGAUUUGUCAUA